AUGCUGUCUUUGAGUCAACCUUGCUUCUGGACUCUCCUGAUGCUCUUGGUGGCGUCAAACUUCCUUCUAUGGAAGAAUGUAGCCUCUGUGCCCAUGUAUGCCAGUUUGGCUGAAUAUGCAGAGAUGUCUAUAUAUGACCUGCUUGAUCAUGGUGCCAUACUAUCUCAUAAUGUCAGUGAGCUCACUGCAGAAAUGCACAGGAUAUUUAUGGAGGAUGUUCGAUAUAAACCAGGCAGGUGGUUCUCUGACAGAUACCUUACUGCCUGCCACACAUCUACAUUGACUAUUUCAGUGUCUAAGGAGGGAGCCCAGCAGUUGCCGGGUGUAUUCCUUGUGAAAGAGAUGAUCAGUAUGUUGGAAUCUUGGAGAUAUCCUCUGUAUCACAUAGCAACUGAACUGAGUUAUAUGGAGCAAGCCCCUGAUGAGAUCAUAUCAAGAGCCAGAAAUAUUGAAGAAAAAAUCAUAGUGCUUACAGAUGUUCUUAGAGGGAUACUCAGCAAGAUUCAGCAUGGACCCCCAGAAAACGAGAGAUAUCCCAUGUGGAAUGAACUGUCAUCCUUGAAGUCACCUGAUGAAGACCUUCGCCAUCUUACUUUGUUUAACUUAUUCCAGUGCUUGGUCAAAGAUACACGUAAGAUUGACUCUAGUCUCAGGCUUUUGAAGUGUAAACUUCUCUAUAACAGAGAUUGUUAA